AUGGCAUCUGCCGCCACCGAGAUCGCCUCUACCAUCCAAGCUGCGCACAUUAAACACGACCCGUCUCCCGAGCACGACAUCAAUCCCUCGACGGCCGCAUCCAAGAAGAUCCCUGCCGAAGUCGAGACCAUCUCCCCUCCUCCUCUGAGUCAACCAUACCCAGCGACAUCAUCCGCCCCCCGUCCCCCGGACCCCGGUCUUUCCCCCCGAUCCCCCGACUUCCGCUUCGAACAGUCCUACCUCGCUAGCAUCAAGAGCGCGGAUUCGAACUGGAGAGUCGCCUUCAUCACGGUCCGCGACCAGGUGUUUCUGCCUCUGGUGCAAGGGAUAUUAUGGAACCUGUUGAUGUUCGGCUGGCGGCACUGGAACCGUGGGAGUAAGUUCCAGGGACAGAGCUGGGGGGCGAAGGUCAGGAAGUGGUGGUGGGGUGUCAACAACUGGAAGGUCCCGGCGGCAGGGGCGGACGCGAAGGCAAUGAAGAAAUCGAGUGACAGACAAGUGCUGCAGAGGGUCGAAGAUUUCUUCGUCGAUCGGUUUGGGUCCAGUCUGGGGGACUGA